GCAGACUGUUUGACAGAGGCCGCGGGCCACUCUGGCCGUGGUCUCCUGUGCUCAGCUCCCCACCCCUGCUUCCAUGACCUGCUGGGCAUGUCAGCAGACCCGGUGGUUACACAGACUUACAUGGUCCCUUCAUUGCCUCUUGGAUUCUUAAGCACACCCUGCACAUAGUAAAUUGUGUGGGCCAGAUAUCUUGGCGAUGCUUCAGUGGUGAGGAUCUGCCCGAGGCGCCUCGUGGGAGGCGGUGGAGUCCCGACAGUGCCCAGGUGGCGCAAGAAGGGAGCCGGGCAGUGCAUCGGGGCCAGGCGCUCUGGCUACACCAGGAGGGGCCUCGGCCCUGCCUCUCCUGGGUGCUGCCUUCUGUGCUCCCUGAGCCUAGUCCACCUUCCUUUGUGGCCCUGGAGCAGCUGUGCUGGGUGAAGGAUUUCAAGAACAGCUUUCCUGCAGGAGGGAAUGUCUUAGGGCUGCAGAAGCUCAGGGAGGUGUUUGGGUAGGACCAGCUGCUUACAUACUGGAAUGAGAACAUUCUCUGGUAGUGUAUUUUAAUGCCUAAAAAGAUGCUUUAAACUUUGGGAGGACAGAAACUUAGAGACUGACUCAGGUUGUCUCAAGGACCACAGUUCUGUUGCUCCUCAUGGAAGUAAUGAGUUUAAGCUACCGAGGCUUUCUGUCGUGUACGUCAUAAAAACAGGCACUGCAGAGUUUUCUAGCAUGUGCUGUUGGAAAAUGAUUUCUGCUGCUUUGUUGCCUGGGAAACUGAUUUCUUUUGGGGGCAGGGGGACAGAGAGAGAAUCUUAGCUCCACCCCCAGCGCGGGGCCUGACAGGAGAUCAGAACCCCAGCGGAAAUCAAGAGACCGCCGCUUUCCCGCCUGCGCCACACCUGCACCCCGCGUGGGAAGCUGAUGUUGAAGGCUUCAGUCAUACCUUCAGGGAAACAGCCACAGCAUGGUCUCUGUGUCCGUGUCACCUGCAGCAGGGACUCUCACGGCAAAGGAGAUGCCGAGUGACAGGUUUCAGUGCCCGACUGUUCAUCCAGUUUAUUCAAAGUCAUGGCGCCCCAGAAGAUGCUCACGCAGAUCCAAAGCGGGACAUGAAAGUCCAUUCCUCUCACAGUUUAUUUCACAGGUAGAACUCAUGAGUGCCUGCGCCGUGUCAGUGUCCGGGGACGCUGGUUCCAAGUGUCCCACAGCAGGUGCGGGAAGGCAGAAUUCCACUGUUGAUGUAAGCACAGUUCGUCACCCUACACAGCAGGUGCACAGGACACUCAGGGCUUCCCAGGAGGACUCCAUCUGACUCCUGGACGUCGGCCCUUUGUGGAAAUGGCUUCCCUGCUGAGAGGAAGGGCUGUCGCAGGCAGAGGAGAUCCCUGGGCAGAGAGGCUGCCGCCUGCAGACGUCAGGAGCCCAGGGCCAGGGCAGGAGCCCUCGGCACGGGCGGCAGGAGCCCAGGGCGCCAGGGAGGAGGGCCUUCCACUCAAGGAACUUCACAGCCUUCACGCAGCUGCCUGCAGGGGGCUUGGUCGCCUGGGGAGACAGCACGGGAAGGGGUGGGAGGCACAAGGGCCUCAAGGAUCAAGAGGCAGCACCUAGGUCAGCCACUAACCAGCCACUGCUUCAUCCCUUGGCGCUGCUUUCCACAUUCUCCCUAAUCACUUAGGACGUUCUGUUCUGUAGUAGCUGCGUGGGAAGAGAAAAGGCAAACAAGUAAAUUCCAGCAUAUUCUUCUUAGCCCAGAUGUCCGAAAACUCUCCGGUCAAUACGGAGUCAGCGCAAAAAGCUGCGCGUGAGGUACUCUGCAUUCUUUCUCUUGGGAAGCCUUUAAAACCCAGCGUCUAUUUUCCACGCCGCACAUAGUUGGGAUCAGCCUCGGGGGCUAGGCUGCCGCCCGCAGCCCCAACCCACCCUGUCGAAGGCGCCGGUUCAGAUGAAGGUGAGCGCAAGUGGCACCAGCGUCUGUCUUGAGAAGCGAAGCGCCUCGGGCAGGUGCAGUGGUGGGAGGGGCACGGCGGGAGAGCGGGCCACAGCACCCUGCCACUCCAGCCAGUACGGCCUGCCUGUCUCCAGUGCCCAGGCCCCAGAGUGGGAGCGCUGUGUUGUGUGUGCACAGCGCGCACUCGUCACACGGCGCAUCGUGUGUGCGCAUCGCGUGUGCCGGAGCUCCCCGGGCAGGGCCAGCAGGUGCCCCCCGCCCCCGGCCUUGCCAGCCCGCAGCAGUGCAGAAGGAGGCCUCGCGCCUGGGCGUCCGCCCAGCCAACCCCAACUCUGCGGCCUGUGUGUGUUCUGUUUCAGGCAGUGUCUUCUGCGGGCCGCGCGGUGGGAGCAGGACGCGGCGUCGUUGCCCUGCCUGUUCCUGCGGAUCCGUUCAGUGAGUCAGCAGAUGGUGAACUGAGUUCCUGCGUGCCAGACCUUGUUUGUUUGUGGACUCCGCAGAUGACCCUCUCUCCACAGAUCAACGUUCUAUGGGGAAGGAAGCCAUGGUCACUUGGCAGACGUGAAAAGGACAGGACAGGAGUUAGUACUUUGUACCACCCAAAGAGGCUUGUCAUUUAUAUGGGAUUCCGACACCCACAAUAUUUAGUAAAUGGUCUUCAAAUGGAGCCCUUCCCCUCCCCCACCCCACCUUCCCCUCCCCAAGCCUCCCUCCUCCCGGGUCCAUCCCCUGACCCCGUCGCCGUGGAAACCACGGGGGCGCAAACGCCCGCCCACGCGGAUUCUGUUGGCUGAGAGCUGGGCCUGGCGAUGGCCGCGCAGGGCGGGCGCUGGAGACGCUUCUCGGAGCAGCGGGCCAAGCAACUGCAGCGCCAGGUACAGGUCAAAGAAGAGCGGAUAGUUGAACUGGAAACCGAAAAUGCUGUCCUUCACCUGAGACUGGCCCAGUACCGAGGAAUGACCGGAACGGGGGGCAGCACGGCUGCAGGACUCUGCUCCCGGUGCCACGAGCGGGACCCGCUGCGGAGAAGCACAGCCCCGGCCGCACCCCAGCUCCGCCGCGGAGUUCAGACACUGCAGCAAGACAUAGAGGCGCUGCGAGCCUCUGUCCUGGAGGUUUUCAGAGCUUGCCGGGAUCACCUGCAGGACGGUCUUUCCGAAAUGGUGGCGGCCGUCCAGAGGGCACAGCUCUGCCACCAGGCUCUGCUGGCUUGGCAGUCAAAGGCGGGUCACCUGGAGCGGUCCUUGCAGGAAGUAAAUGCACGGUAUGAGCUGGAGACGCAGAAGAGGAAGGUGCUUCACAAUCGUUUGGUGGAGCUGAAAGGGAAUAUCCGAGUUCACUGCCGAAUCCGCCCCCUGUUGCCCUUCGAUAAGGAAUUGGAUGAUGCAGCUUCACGGGACAGCCCCAGCUCCAUGCCUGCGGGAGUGGUCCACGCCGUCGAUGACGAAACCAUCCUGGUGAAAUGUGACCGGCCUGCUCACGCUUUGAUAAAUAAGACGUAUAAUUUUGAGAGAGUUUAUGGUCCAGCAGAAUCUCAGCACGUGGUAUUUGGGGAUGUGUGCCCGCUGCUUACGUCUCUCUUAGAUGGGUACAACGUCUGCAUUCUGGCGUACGGACAGACAGGAUGUGGGAAAAGCUACACCAUGCUGGGCCCACAUUCUGAGGAGCAGCGCGUCCCAGCGCGGGGCCCGCACAGCGACCUCGGAAUCCUGCCCAGGGCUGCCGGAGAGCUCUUCAGGCUUAUUUCAGAAAACCCGUCAAGGAGCCUGAAGGUCGACGUGUCCAUAGUUGAAGUGUAUAACAACAACAUUUUUGACCUUCUGGCCAAAGAGCAUCGCACAGCGGUGUCUGGGCCCAAGCUUGAGGCGCCGACCACCAAGGCCGCAAAGCAGGAGGUCUCUCCGCCCACCCGACAGCCCGUGCACAGUGCGGAGGACUUCGUCGCGCUCGCUGCCGGAAGCCUGCGGCUCAGGGCACAGCUCGCCACCCAAGUGCACGCCCGUUCUUCUAGAUCCCACCUGAUAAUAACGGCCACUCUGACCACAGCCCCCACCUGCAGCAGCCCCGCUGACCGGCAGUCACAUGGACCACCACUCGAGGGGCGGCCCCCCUGCGGCAGAGCCUCACCCGGGUCUCCGGGGGCCCAGGAACCCACGGAGCAGGUGCACGCCAAGCUGCAGCUCGUGGACCUGGCGGGCAGCGAGUGUGCAGGUGUGUCUGGAGUGACAGGAUCGGCCCUAAGGGAGACUUCAUUCAUAAACCGAAGCCUGGCGGCCCUCGCGGAUGUCCUGGGGGCCCUGUCGGAGCGCAGAGGCCACAUCCCGUACCGCAACAGCCAGCUCACCCACUUUCUCCAGGACGUUCUCGGAGGUGACGCAAAACUCCUGGUGAUUCUCUGCGUGUCCCCCUCCCGGAAGCACGUGGCAGAGACGCUGCGGUGCCUGGGGCUCGGGGCCCGGGUGAGGCAAGUCCAGCGAGGCCAAGCUGGAGGGGGCAGUCCGGCCUCCCGAAGACCCAGGAACCAGUGACACAGGCUGACCCGUCAUCCAGGAGCUGGAGACGCCCAGCAAGAAGCAGGCGUGUCCCAGGAGCCCCGGGGGACGGGACUUGGGGGCAGGCGUCUCAGGGCCGAGCAGAAGGAGCUGCGCUGCUGCCGACCGGCAGGGAAGGGGCGAAGACCAGACGAGGCCCCGGGAUCGGAGCGCAGGUUCCGGAACCCAGCCCUGGGCUCUCCUGCUGGCUGCCUGACCUGGACUAAUUCCUUAGCCCGUCAAGCCGGUUCCCUCGUCUGCAAGAUGCCAGGUCCGCAUAAACACCCCAUGAAGAAAAGAUGUUUUAUGUCAUCAUUCCUCCUCGUGAUGCCCCGUUGUCCCAAGCCGACGUCCCAGAGCUGGCCAUGAUGCCUGACACAUGGCGGAGCACAGGCUCUGAGCAUGGGGGCCGGGGGUGGGAUCCAGGGGCCCUGGGAACUCGGAUGCAGAGCAAACACCCCCCAUUGUGGGUCGUGUGCUGAUGAAGUGUGUGUGUGUCGCGGUUUCAGCGUAGCCACGGGGGUUCCUCCCGUGGAAGCCGCACUAAGCCGUGUCCACGGGCGUGCGGGCGUCAAGACCAACAGGACACGUGGCUGUGCGCUCGCCGUGCGUGUGGCCCUGGAAGUGAGGCCCAGACGCCAUUCCCCGCUGGUGCGUCCGUAGCACAAGCGGCUUAGGUGUGCGGAAAACAUGCUCAGACCACAAUCUAUCUUAUGUGAGAGUGAGCAGAAUGUAUUUCUAGUGAUUAGCACAAAGCCUGCUAGCCUGCUCCCUGCGUGUGGCUCCAGGGACGGGGUGCGUGGCCGUGCAGAGGGAGGCACGAGGACCCACGCCUGCCUCAGUGUCCCCGGGGUGGGGGGCAGGCAGCACGUCCAGGGCCGUGGCUACUCACCGCCUUCCCGUUCCUCCCCGCACCUCCCAGGAGCCCGGUUCCUGCCCAGCUUUCGGCCCGUGUGGUGCAAGGCUGGGCACACUCAGGCAGGCGGCAAACGUGCCUGGCGCUGAAGGUAACGGGGCUAGGAGUCCCCUGUGGGAGGGGGACUCUGCAGACGGCGGGGGGCGGGUCAUGUAGACGAUUGGGAAGGUGAUAGAUUGGCUGCUGGAGGACAGACCGCGAUGAGCGCACGCUGUGAGCGUGACAGCGACAGCAGCACAUGGACACAGCGUGGAAGCCGUGACUCAGACGUCAGCAGCACAGCUGCUGGUGAUAGGAUUUUCCAAAGAGGUGAAAACCCAGCAAGGUUACGGACAAAUCCGUUUUAGAGGCCCUGACGCGGAGGGGGUGAUGGUGGCGGUGACAGAACGGUCGCCCCAGGCUUCAUGGGAAGCGGAGCAGGGCAGUCUUCAGCUGCGAGUGUCUGAUGGGUGUUAGCGGGUGGGGAGGGUUGUUCUGUCACUGCAGGAUCCCCGUGGCAACCUCACACCCCCCAAGGCUCCGAGACGCUCCCACGGCUCAGAAAGAUCCAAAUGUCCGUGAGGGCGGCCCUAGAGCGGGUGUGCGUCCCGGGAGCCUCUCCAAUGCAGCCUGUGCGGGACACGUCUCUGCCGUCCCGAGGCAGGUAGGGGACCGCGCCGGGCCGGCUGGAGAGUGACGAAGUGGGUCCUUGGCCACUCUUUGGGGCGCGGCCCCCCGCCCGGCGAGAACUUUCUUCCUUGCACGCACAGCGAGUGGCCACCUCCACACCGUCCGUCCCCUCUGCAGCCCAGCGUCCCGUGCCUGCCACCCCGACGCCCCCUCAGACUGUCCCGCGAGACGGUCACUGGCCUCUGGAAGCUGAGGCAGUUACAGGCCUCGCUGUCGGAGCGUCGCGGCGCCCACUCCCGACAGAGCAGGGACGGGAGCCUUUGCAGCAGGGGGAGCGCGUGCGCACAGGCUCACCGCGUGAGUGCGCGCUCAGGGCCUUUGUCAGCACGUGGCCGUGGCCGUGGGCGCCCCCAGGCCUCAGGCUGGCAGAGUGCCUGCCUCGGGGCCGCGGUUCCGUGUUGGCCUGGUAAUCGUGCAAACCUCGCCUCUGACUGGGUGUGUUUGGCAGAGACAGAGAACACUUCAUCUGGGGAGGAGGGGACGUUGAGCCUUGGCCUUGGGGUGGUGUCACUGUCCGGAUGCCAGAGCGCGUCCUGGGGCUUUAGAGCCGCACGAAUCCCCGGAUCUUCCCCUGCUCCUUGCACACAGCCUGCAUCUGUCUCCGCCGCCUGCGGGGCCUGUGUCUCCCGGAGGUGAGGGCUCGCGUGCACAGGAGGGAGAACGUGGGGGGCACCCAGAGGGAGCCCGUCUCCCACAUGCCCUGAUGCACGCAGGGCACCGUCUUCUCCGGGCACCCAGGGCCCUCCACUCCCUACCUGACGGCCGCCCGCUAGAGGCCCAGCCGCUGGGGACACAACAGUGAACGCAGCAGAGCCCCCCAGAGACUGCAGAACCAGGAUGGGAAUUAGUCCCCCCCCCCCCCCCGCCGCUCCCUUCUCCUGACUGCCCCUGCCCUGGGGACAGAGCGCCCUGACCUUCCUCAGACAUGUUCAAGCUGCUGUACCGAGGGCACGCUGCUCACAGGGAGCCCCCGCGCCCCUCGGGGCUUGUCUACUGCAUUCUUGGGACUGGCUCACGAGGAUGGCUUUCUCUCCCUUGCUCAGUGCCCCCACCCCCAAGUGUAUUUCGGGGAUGCUGAACCACCAGCACUGGUCACGUCCCCCUCCAUGCGUAUUUUCCGUGCGUGCCGUGCCGUGGCUGGAGCCGGGGUGUCUGCUGGCGACAACGUAGGAAGGCCAGGCUGCAGGGAGCGUGGCCACGUGGGCAUCAGCAGGAGGGGUCCCCGGCACACUGUCUGGGAACCCCCGCCCCCGGCUGUUGGGGGGGCAGCUGCAGGGUGAGGCCUGGGCCAGAGUGGCGGGGGCUUGGGGGCCAGAACGGGGACAGCUGGGGGUCUCCCGCGGGAAACAGUGAGGUGACGGAUUCCAAAGGUGCUGAGUUAAGUACUUGGAUAGAAUAGAGAAGCAUCCAAUGAGAACUCGUAAAAAGUGGUGAAGAGCGCGAACGGCCCCGAGACCCCGGGGCCCUGCCACCCCCCCUGUUCUG